GCUUUGCUCGAAACUGCUUUAUUUGAGUUCUCCAGCAUUGCACUGCAUUACAUAUGAGUCGCGUGAAAUUGAUGUUGUUUAUCUGAUCCUUCUGCACCACGUGGAGGAAGCCAGUGCUGCUGCGUUUUUAAUAAAGCGUUGAUCACAGCAGAAAUCCUGCUGAUGCUUCCACUCAGCUCUGCAGUGGGAACAGAAGAUCACAGUGAUCAUGUGUUUGCUUGAAGACCUCGUCCAUUUGAUGAGAUGUGUCCUGGAAUAUUUUGGGGUUCCCCAGGACAUGCUGGUUCCAGUUUGGGAGAGCACUUUGUGUGGACAGUAUCGCAGCAUCGUCCGCAUGAUCGGAACAAAUCUCCCAUUGACGCCUUGUCCUCGGCUCCAUUUCCAGGUUCCUUUACGGACAAUCACCAGACACGGUCAUAUUGAAGUGUCAGUGGAUGCUCCUGCCAUUCCUUCACUCGCGGAUGUGUUAUGGGUGGCUGAGGAUGAAGGAGACCUCUACACCAAGUUCAGGAAUUCUGUCCCACUGAGGAAGCAUGGAUUGCCACCGGGGUUUGAAACUUCAGCAGCCGUGUGUGUACGGCCUGCUCCUGCAUCCCUGCGUAACCAGAAAUUACACACAGCACGGGCAUCAAGCACACAACCAGAGGCCCUCCAGAAGAUCCAUGCACUGGAGGCUGAGUUACAGAAAUUACGAGCUCAGAUUGCGAUGAUCGUCACCACUCCAGCAGCAGACAGUCUCCUCCCAAGCAAUCCCACCACUCCCUGUUCAAGUUUUCCUGCUCCUGUUCUUACCUCGACUCCUUUCACGGCACCUCCACCACCUCCUCCACCUCCUCCUCCUCCUCCUCCUGAGUUCGGCUUGAAGCAGGUCUCUGUGAUGGAUAUGAUUAGACAGAGACGGGCAACCAAGAAGGAUAAAGCUGGAGUGUCUGAGGCUUCAUCAGCUGCAGUGCCUUCCAUGCUAGAGGUCCUGAAAGAUAUGAACAAGGUUAAACUCCGCACUGUAGAGAGGUCUCCAGGAGGGACACCAUUACGGAAAAGGAGGAGUAAAGGGACGGUGUGUGCGUCGGACCCUGCUGCACUUAUUGCUGAAGCGUUGAAGAGGAAGUUUGCACAGAGGCAGCGAGACAACUCGUUUGAUAAGGAGAACUGCUCAGCCGAGUCCUCGCCGUUCAGCAGCCCCGACACGCCCCGAGUUCCACAGUUCAAGAGACGCAGUCAGGGGCGAAAUCAUUUGUCCCUUUUAACCCGUGGAUCAGACGGGAAACAGCGUGAUGGAAAAUAGUGUGCUGAAUGGCCUUUGAAGAUUUUUCUGUCUCACUUUCUAUCAGCCCCCACAGUUUUAUGGUACUUUUCUUCCUUAGAAGGGUAAAGGAGCUGCCUUUUUAUUCAUCGCUUUCAGCUGUGGAUUGAUGAUUUUUGUACAGUUCUGCAGUUCUUACACUGGUGUUUGAGUGUUAACUGUGAAUAUAAGAGGCUGAAUGGUGACUGUUCUGAGUUUAGGUCAAGCCUAUACCACAUGGACCUCCUGUAUGCAAUGCAUCUAAAUGUGUUGUUUGUUUGUUUGUUUGUUUGUUUUAAUUGUUUGAUUUGUUGUUGCUGUUAUUUGUGUAUUUGCACUGCUUUGCUAUCUGUUGGUUUUUCAGAAAAGCAAUAACUGAUAUUCCAUGUGAAGCACUGGUUUAUUUUUUGCAGUUGAAAGAUUUCAAAUAUUUUGAAAGUAGCAAAUAUGAAACUUCUGUGUGCAUGUAUGUGGAUACAUGGAGCCAGGAAUUUUGUAUUCAAACCAAAUUCAGGAACGCAUAUCAAUUCCUCCAUCGUGUUCAUCGGAGUUGUUUCUGAUGUACCUUUCACCCAUUUCAUACCAUGUACCUUUCAGCCAUGAACUAAAAGAAAUAAACAUGUUCUCUCAUCAGUA